ACAAUAAGUUCCCCAAUUUUGAGAACCUUGAGCACUGAGGAACAUGAUCUGCUGAUGAGCAUAGGAUUGUCACAAGACGUCACAGUCAAGAAAGGUCCAAGAAAUAGUGACAGUCUGAUUUUAGAAGGUUCCCCUAAUGAGGUCAUGAAUGUAUUUUCGGACAUAACUGAUUUUUUAAAUAUAAAAAAAGAUGAGCAGGUUCAAGAGAAGAAAGCUGAAUUAUAUCAAAAUCGGGUACAGUGGUGUUGGUAUGAUGGUAAAUGCAAACAAAUGGUUGCCUUUGAUCCAAUCACAAACAUGUUGAUAGAGGACGCCCAUCAAAAAAAUCUCCCAAGCGUCAGCUAUGAGCUUAAUGAUAAUGGACAUAAACAGUCUUGUCAGAUUGAUUUCAACACCGAGGAGGAAAUUAUAUUAACUACUGGUGCUAGGAAUAAAGUUGUACGAGAAGACUUAGAAUUGAAAGCUGCUAAUCAGACACCCAGUCAUUGGGUUCAACAACCUCUUGAUGCGAAUGGCCGCCCAAAGUCAUGUCAUCGUGUUGCACUGAUAGCAGGUAGUUCUGAAUAUCAGAAAGUACAGUCAUUGUUUGGAAGUUCAAAUCAGAUUUACUCCAUUGAACGUAUCCAGAAUCCCCACCUAUGGCAACAGUACAGUGCACAGAAAGAUAAAAUGGAACAACAGAAUCAGCGUUUAGGAGCUAAUGAAAUGGAUUUAUUUCAUGGUACUGGAGAGGCAUCACUUGUCAAUAUUAAUGAAAAAGGAUUUAAUAGAAGUUUCAGUGGACGGGCACAUGGCACAGCACUAGGUAAUGGUACGUACUUUGCAAAAUCUCCGUCCACAUCAAUGGGGUAUGCAAAAGCUGGACCAAGUGGCAAGCGUUACAUGUAUCGUGCCAAGGUAUUGGCUGGGGAGUAUACUCGAGGGAGCUCCAGUAUUGUGUUACCACCAGCAAAGAAUCCUAACAAUCCAUUUGAUGUAUACGAUACCACAGUAGACAACCCAUCAAAUCCCAGUGUUUUUGUCAUAUUCCACGAUAACCAGGCAUAUCCAGAGUAUCUUAUUGCAUUCAGAUGAAAUCUGUCAGUUCAUCAAAAUACAAAAAUGGUUGGACUAGAGGGGGAAAUUGAUUGCAGCUUAUUAGUUGCACUGUAAAUAAUUUCAAUUUCUGAUGAAAUGUGAUGGAAUAGCCUUCUUUAUUUUUUACAUUUUAUGUUUCUCAGCCAAUUAUGAAUAGAAUUUGGCUAGAAAAAAAAUUGUUGUCAUUAUACUAAGAAACUACAUGGUAUACUUUAUCAGCUUCUGAUUGGCUUGUUUAGUCACAUGAUGCUUCACCAUUAUAUGCAUUGCAUCAUGGGACAAGCACAACACCAACAACAUUUGCAUCAAAACAAAAAUGGCAAACACGAAAUGUCAGACAAAGCCCAAAUUGUAUUAUAACAGUGUAUUGUCAUUCCUGCAUUUUUGGAAACUCGCACAAAACAAGGUAUUAUCAGAGACGGAGCUAUAUCACAGAAUGUUCUACGUCGCUCAGAUGCGUGCCAUGUAUUUCUGUGGGAUCCGUGCAAGCGAAAUCUGUGGAACGCCAAACAAAGAGCCGGUGAAAACAGCUAAAGUCGAUAAAACUGCAUAAACUCAACUUUGAAGUAAUCGUGAACAAAUAAAUUUAUAUAUAUUACACACGUAGGGGUAAUCCUGUUACACUGUUCAGAAGAGUCUCAAAAACUAUCCCAAUGUACAUUUUUCUGAGACCCUUUGUUUUCACCGAUGGUUGCCAGGUGGUGGAAAUGCCCAGCUCUUUGCUCCUGAGAAUACCUUGUAUUGUGGAACACAAAAUGCAAUUCUAAUUGGAUUAUAUCUGUAUACUGUGUGUGUCUUGACAGAUUUGAAUU